AUGACGGACGAUACAGUCGAACAAGAAUAUCAGGAGUUCGAACAAAUCCCUAGGGUGGCACAAAGGCCUCCCGUGGUUAUGGUCAACAGAAACCAGGAUCCCGACCAUGUGGUCAGGCAUAUUCGACACAAGUCAGCCGUUGGGAAGCAAAACCUAGAGGCUAUCGUUGAACAAAUCAUAGUACGAAAUGGAAUAAGCUCAGGCCUACAGUGGCCGACUUACUCUUCACCCUUUCCAGACUUUGUCUUACAGAUAAAACUUCCUAGGGGAUGGAAAGUCCCUAAAUUUACCAAGUUCGCUGGGGAUACUGAGGGGUUCACCGUCGAACAUGUUUCUAGGUAUCAGACUAAGGUUGGUGAUAUAGCGAAUAAUGAGGAUUUGAAGUUAAAAUACUUCUUAAGUUCUCUUACAAAAAACGUGUUUACAUGGUUCACAAUGCUACCUCCACAGUCGAUCCAUACGUGGACACAGUUGGAAAGAUUGUUCCAUGAACAAUUCUACAUGAGGCAGACAAAGAUUAGCCUUAAAGAACUAGCCAACGUUAAAUGA